UCGUCCUUCUUAGUGAUGGCGGCUUCGUUUCGUUCUCUCCCUGCAAGCUGUAAUAACAAAUGGUACUACACCCGACAACAGAUCGACAACAGCCCAUCUCGGCGAGCUGGACUUGAUCCCGACAAGGAACUGUCCUACAGACAACAGGCAGCGAAUCUGCUCCAGGACAUGGGACAGCGGCUCAAUGUGUCCCAACUUACAAUUAAUACAGCUAUUGUGUACAUGCAUCGAUUCUACAUGGUCCAGUCUUUCACCAGAUUUCACAGAAAUGUUAUUGCUCCUGCAGCUCUCUUCCUUGCAGCUAAGGUUGAGGAACAGCCCCGAAAGCUGGAACAUGUUAUCAAAGUGGCUCAUGCAUGCCUCAAUCCUCAGGACCCUUCACCUGAUGUACGCAGUGAUGCCUACCUGCAACAAGCCCAAGACCUGGUCAUUCUUGAGAGCAUAAUACUCCAGACCUUGGCUUUUGAAAUCACCAUUGACCAUCCACAUACUCAUGUUGUCAAGUGCACUCAGCUCGUCAGAGUUGUUCCAGCGAGUAAGGAUUUGGCUCAAACAUCAUACUUUAUGGCUACAAACAGUCUGCACUUGACCACGUUCUGCCUGCAGUAUAGUCCACCAGUUGUGGCCUGCGUGUGCAUCCACCUCGCCUGCAAAUGGUCCAACUGGGAGAUCCCCGUGUCUACAGACGGCAAACACUGGUGGGAGUAUGUUGAUCCCACAGUCACCCUGGAACUGCUGGAUGAGCUCACACAUGAGUUCCUGCAGAUUCUGGAAAAAACACCCAGCCGCUUGAAACGGAUUCGCAAUUGGAAGGCUGGAGGUCAAACACCCAAAGUCAAGCCAAAGGUCCAAGAGGAGGGUGACCAGAGGGACACCAUGAUGAGUAUGAUCUCUAUGGCUUCAUCUGAGAGUACUGUGGCAGGUCUGAUGAGCCUCUCAGCUCCGCCAUCUGCCUCUUCUUCCUCAUCCAUGGGUGAUAAGGAGAGGGGAGCCUCUGGCAGCGCUCAGACUUGGAGUGGAAAAGGUCAGGCUGGAUCUGAGCAGCAACAACAGCAGCAGCAGCAGCAGCAGCAGCAACAACAGCAGCAGCCGCCCAACCAUGAGGUCCAUGCCCCGGCUAAAGUAUCACUAAGCGAGUACCGUGCCAAGAAUGCAGAUGUCCUGGCUGCCCAGAAGAGGAAGCUGGAGAACAUGGAGGCCAGUGUGAAGAGGGACUAUGCUAAUGCUGCCCAGGCUCUCAUUGGUCAGCAGCAGAGGAAGGAGAAGCAGCAGCAGCAUCAUCACCAGCAGUCCAGCACCUCCUCCUCUGACAUGUCCAGCCCUUCGCCCAUUAUUCUGAAAAUCCCCUUGGAGAAGGAGAGGCACGACAGGAGCUCUCUGAAAAUGCGUUUCCCCGUGGCAGGGGGAGGAGGCAGUGGGCACAGCAGCAGCACCCGAGGUCAAGAUCAGGACAUCAAAGUCCGAAUACGAGUGCCUGAGAAGCAAAGGGGGAGUUCGGGAGAGGAGGGCAAGAGCAGGGACAAGCACAGGGAACGGUCUAAUCAUCACCACCAUCAUCAUCACCACCACCACCACUCCUCCUCCUCUAGCAGUGCCUCCCUUUCCUCUUCACAUAAACAUUCAUCUAGCUCCAGUGGGGCAGUAGGAAGCAGCAAAAAAGUCCCUAGUGACUCCUCUAGAACAAGCUCUUCAUCCUCUUCUGCAUCACGCAAGAGGACACACUCCCAGGAUGGCACAGCAGGCUCUCACGCUGCCUCAAAAGUCAGCAAGUCCUCUAGGAAUCCCUACCAGCUACCGUCCCUGUCUUCCUCAUCUGGGCAAACUCUGGGGCACGGUCCUGACAUUCUUCCUGCUCUGGGCCUUCCCCACCACCAAGGGAGCUUUUCGCACUCCAAAAGUGACAAGACAGACACUAAUGGGCAUGGUGCGGCGGGCGGAGCCCAGUCAAAUGAGUACCAGGACACUUUUGAAAUGCUAAACUCUCUUCUGAGCGCACAAGGGGUCCAGCCGUCCCAGCCGUCCAUGUUUGACUAUAGAUCCCAAUAUGGGGACUUUAGGUACAGCAGUGGCUCCAGAGGGAACAACCCCAGACCCCCACCCCUCCCUUCAGAACCGCCUCCACCACUGCCACCGUUACCCAAAUGAGUUCCUGAUCAGGAGAUGUUAUUAUGUACAUUGUGCUUGACAUCACAAACAUCCAUCUUGUUACAUAAAGUAUUGAAUAAUUUUUUUUUUUAAAAACUCACCCAACGUUUUUAAAUGGGCUUCGGUGUGACAGCAGAGAAAUGUACUGGUGAGAUAAAUGAAUUUUUCAUUUUACAGUGGGGCAAUAAUGAGAGGCUUGAAAAGCUUGCAAAAUGUGAGAAAAAAAAUUACAGCAAAGUGUAGAUAAGUUGUUUUUUUUUGUUUUUUUUUUUUUGUUUUAUUCUUUACUCAAAUGAAAUGUGAUGAUGGGACCUGAUUACUGUUUUUAAAGGAAGUCAUUGUCUUGAAAUCAUGAGGAAACUAAAAGAUUUCCAUCACAUACCUGUUAUGUCUUCUUACCGAUUGUCUUUUUAUAAUGUUUUUAUAGUAUGUUAUUUAUUAAUUGAAUACUUAAAAAAAAACAUAGUCCCCUUUUCUACCUUUUUUAAGGCUUCCCCUCUAUGUUCAUUUUGGCCAGAGGGAUAUUUCUUCAUCAAGACUGUAAAGGCUAGUUUGAGAGUGCAUGUCUCCAAAGCCAUCUUUUCAAUAUUUUUGUCUUUUUUUU